AUGUCUCGGCAAUCCACCUUCACCUUCCACUCCGGCAGCCGCAGGGGCUUCAGCGCGGCCUCGGCCACCACCCCAACCGCUGGCCGCCCCCGCUUUAGCUCUGUCUCUGUGGCCCGCUCCUCAGGAAACAGUGGGGGACUGAGCAGGAUCAGCGGUGCCGGUGGGGGCUUUGGGAGCCGCAGCCUCUACAACCUGGGGGGCACCAGGCGGCUCUCUGCUGGUGGAUGCGCUGGCAGUGCCUUCCGGGGUUGCUUUGGUGCCAGGGCUAAUGGCUUUGGGGGCAGCAGUGGCUUUGGUUAUGGGGGAGGCAUUGGAGGGAGCUUCAGUGGCCCUGGCUUCCCCGUCUACCCCCCUGGAGGCAUUCAAGAGGUCACCGUCAACCAGAGCCUCUUGGCUCCCCUAAACCUACAAAUCGACCCCAGCAUCCAGCGGGUACGGAAAGAGGAGAGGGAACAGAUCAAGACCCUCAACAACAAGUUCGCCUCCUUCAUCGACAAGGUGCGCUUCCUGGAGCAGCAGAACAAGGUCCUGGAGACCAAGUGGGAGCUGCUGCAGGAGCAGGGCUCUAGGACCGUCAGACAGAACCUGGAGCCCUUCUUCGACGCAUACAUCAGUGACCUCCGCCGGCAGCUGGACGGCGUCACUGCUGAGCGAGGCAGGCUGGACGCUGAACUGAGGAACAUGCAGGAGGUUGUAGAAGACUUCAAAGUCAGGUACGAAGAUGAAAUUAACAGGCGUGCAGCUGCGGAGAAUGAGUUUGUGGGCCUGAAGAAGGACGUGGACGGCGCCUACAUGAACAAGGUGGAGCUGGAGGCCAAGGUGGACGCCCUGACUGACCAGAUCAACUUCUGCCGGAUGAUCUAUGAGGCGGAGCUGUCCCAGCUGCAGACCCAGGUGAGCGACACCUCUGUGGUCCUCUCCAUGGACAACAACCGCAGCCUGGACCUGGACAGCAUCAUUGCCGAGGUCAAGGCGCAGUACGAGGAUAUCGCCAACCGCAGCCGGGCAGAGGCUGAAUCCUGGUACCAGACCAAGUAUGAGGAGCUGCAGGUGACGGCAGGCCGGCACGGGGACGACCUCCGCAACACCAAGCAGGAGAUCUCGGAGAUGAACCGGGUGAUCCAGCGGCUGAGGUCUGAGAUCGAUGCCGUCAAGAAGCAGUGCGCCAGCCUGCAAACCGCUAUCUCUGACGCUGAGCAGCGCGGGGAGAUGGCCCUCAAGGAUGCUCGGGCCAAGCUGGUGGACCUUGAAGAUGCCCUGCAGAAGGCCAAGCAGGACCUGGCCCGGCUGCUGCGCGAGUACCAGGAGCUCAUGAACGUCAAGCUGGCCCUGGACGUGGAGAUCGCCACCUACAGGAAGCUGCUGGAGGGCGAGGAGUGCAGGCUGAGCGGAGAGGGAGUUUCCCCAGUGAACAUCUGUGAGUACGGCCCCUGUGGGCCUGGUGAGAGCUGGUCAGCUGUGGUCACUUCUACCGUUUCCAGUGGCUAUGGCGGUGGCAGCAGCAUUGGAGGUGGAAGCCUGGGUCUUGGUGGGAACAGUGGCUACUCCUUCACCACCAGUGGUGGGCACAGCCUGGGCACUGGCCUGGGAGGCUCCGGCUUCACCACCACUAGCAGCCGGGGCCCAGCGGGCAGCGGCUCCAGCAUCAAGUUUGUUUCCACCACGUCAUCCAGCAGGAGGAACUACAGGCAUUGA